AUGGCGGCUGCGCGUAGAAAGCCUUGGCGAAGCAGGCAAGUGGAGUCUUUGCUCCUUUUCUUGUGCGUAUCUGUGGGGGGCGCGGCAACCAUCCGCUAUUCAGUGGCGGAGGAGAUGGAGAGCGGUUCCUUUGUGGCUAACGUGGCUAAGGACCUGGGGCUGGAGGUAGGGAAGCUGGCUGCGCGCGGGGCGCGGCUCGUGUCCGAGGGCAACAAGCUGCAUUUCCGGCUCCACCGCAAGACCGGGGAUUUGUUUGUGAAGGAGAAACUGGAUCGGGAGUCACUUUGUGGCAAAGCUGACCCGUGCGUUCUGCACUUUGAAAUAGUGCUGGUGGAGCCUCUGCAGUCCUUCCGUGCUGAGGUCAGGGUAUUUGAUAUCAAUGACAAUGCCCCAGUUUUCCUAAACAAGGAGCCGCUUUUAAAGAUUCCGGAGAGCACCCCGCUGGGUUCGCGGUUUCCUCUGCAGAGCGCCCAGGAUCUGGACGUGGGUCUCAACGGACUCCAGAACUACACGCUGAGCGCCAACGCGUAUUUCCACCUGCACACUCGCUUCCGCAGCCACGGGCCCAAAUAUGCCGAGCUGGUGCUGGACAAACCCCUGGACAGAGAGGAGCAGCCUGAAGUCAACUUGACAGUCACCGCGGUGGACGGCGGGUCCCCGCCCAAGUCUGGCACCGCGCACAUCCGCGUGCUGGUUCUGGACGUCAACGACCACGUGCCACAGUUCUCGAGGUUGGUGUACCGAGCUCAGGUCCCGGAAGACAGUGCCAGGGGCUCUUUGGUGGCCGCCGUGACUGCCACGGACCUAGACGAGGGCACCAACAGGGAGAUAACUUACUCCUUAGCUCAAAACCCAGAAGCGAUUCUGCAGACGUUUGAGAUUGACUCGCAAAGUGGGGAGGUUCGGCUUCGAGGGCCUCUGGAUUUCGAAAUGGUUGAAACCUAUGACAUCGACGUUCAGGCCACCGAUGGGGGAGGCCUCUCUGCCCACAGCAAGGUGCUGGUGGAAGUGGUGGACGUGAACGACAACCCUCCCGAAGUGAUGAUCACCUCCGUGUCCAGCCCUCUCCCUGAGGACUCGCCACUGCAGACUGUGGUGGCCCUUUUCACUGUCCGAGACCGGGAUGUUCGAGUGGGAGGAAAAAUCACCUGCUUCCUCAGAGAAGACCUUCCCUUUGCAGUCCGACCUACAUUCCGCAAUUCCUACUCGCUGGUCACUGCCAGAGGCUUGGAUCGGGAGGAGGUCCCCAGCUAUAAUAUCACCCUUGUCGCCAUGGACACUGGGCCACCCAGCCUGUCCACGGAGACCGUGAUAGAGGUGCUAAUAGCAGACAUCAAUGACAAUCCCCCAGUAUUUCAGGAGGAGUCCUAUAUCUUGACUGUUCGCGAAAACAACAGCCCUGCGAUUUUCAUUGGCAAAGUCCAUGCUGAGGACCUGGAUGUGGGUGAGAAUGCCCAAGUUACAUAUUCUCUGCUGCCUCCAAAAAGUGGAGAUCUAUCUGUCUUUGCCUACAUCUCCAUAAACUCAGACAAUGGGAAGCUCUAUGCACUUAGAACCAUGGAUUAUGAGGCCAUUCAAGAUUUUCAGUUUAUAGUAAAGGCAACUGAUGGGGGCUUCCUGUCACUGAGUAGCCAAGUUACUGUCAGAGUGGUUGUCCAGGAUGACAACGACAAUCGUCCAAUGAUCUUGUACCCACUACAGAAUGGCACCUUUCCCUGCAAUGACCUAGUGCCCAGGUCUGCAGAGGCUGGCUACUUGGUGACCAAAGUGGUGGCUGUGGAUGGUGACUCAGGUCAAAAUUCUUGGCUUUCAUAUCAUCUGCUUAAAGCCACUGAUCUUGGGUUAUUCUCUGUUCAGCGACAAAAUGGGGAAAUCCGUACACUGAGGCAGAUAGCUGAGAGAGACCCCAUGAUGCAGAAACUGACCAUUCUUGUUCAGGAUCAUGGCCAACCAGCUCUCUCCACUACUGCCUCACUCAACAUCCUGCUGGUAGAUGGCUUUUCAGAGCCCUACCUGCAGUUCCAGGAUCCAUCACAACAUUCCAGAAAGGUAAAUCCAUCUACUAAAUAUUUGGUCAUUUCUCUGGCUGCACUUUGCUUUCUCUUUCUCCUCUCUGUCACAGUGAUCUUCAUUGUACACAUCUGUGAGAAGAUUAAACACAGAGAAAAGUUUACAAUUCAAGAACAUUUUUAUGAUGAUUGUAAUUUCCCUAACAACCUAGUACAAGGAGGUGGCAAUGGAUCCUUAUCCCAACCUUGUCCAUAUGACAUGUGUUCAGCCACUGGCACUGGCAACAGUGAAUUCAGGUUUCUUAAGCGCUUUAUGCCCAACUUCCCUUUCCCCCAUGCUGCUGGAGAGGUAAAAACAGGGACGGGCUCCACUUCACCUCCAGAUUCUAGUAGAAACAGGUCCCAGGGAUCAGAAAGCCAUGCUCAGGUACCUGAUGACUAUAUGUAG